AUGAUGAUAGGUAUUGCGAUCCGGUCGCAGCCGUACAAAAGAUGCACGACGUUUUCGAGUCCACGACGUCUCCAACUUCUCCAACAACAUGUACGUCUUCGUUUUCUCCGGCGUCGUUCUACCGCUUCUUGCCUUCGCUCGUCAACAACGUUCGUUCUUAUUAUCCUUUCUAGUCUAGACUAGGACUUCCCUUUGAAUUCUCGAACACACGAAAAUUUUAAAACCUCCAAACAACUAUUUUUGAAUUUUUUUAUCCAGGAAGGGAUGAACUUCAAAAAUUUAACAUUAUUACAGCUCAAAAUGUCUGAAUUUGAUUGAAAAAAUCUCAGCGCUCCUCUCGCAUUUUUCGGAAACAGUCUUUUCAGAGUUCUACCACCCGGACAUACAGCCAUCCUACAGUAGACAAACUCCUUACCGCGAAGCGUCCCUGAUUCCCGAGCCUACCUUCGGCAUCGGUCACGGACGACCUUUCGCCAAAGAAGACGAUGGCUAUCGACGGCAAUGGCCGAGUUCUUUUCCGGACGGUUUCUUCAGCGGAGAUGGACCAAGGCAUCGUGGACGCGAAAAGGCUCGACCAGGCUCUGGGGAGAGUGGAGGCGACGAAGAUCGGCGACCAGAAUUUCUGAAGAAUUCGGACCAGAAACACUCAAGAGGACGAGAACCUCUCCGCUCGACGUCAGAAGAAAGCAGAGCUUCAAAUGAGGAGAACAGAAGCCCAAGAGUAGUUUCGCAUCCUUUUUUGCACGAAAGAAAAGGCUUACAGUUUAGUAGUGAAGAAAAUAUUCCCCGGUCUGAACACAGUUCGAACUCUCCAGCCUCAGAGGCAGAGGAAAAGGCGUACGAAAAGAAAAGACGGAUUCCAUUUCCUGAAGAAAAAAAGGAAGAUUUAAAGCUGACACCUGCAAGAUUUUCGUCAAACUCGAAAGAAAAUGAAAACCAGAUCGUCGAGUCAGAUAAGAGCAGAACUGGCACCAAAUUAGUCGGAGUAAACAUGCAGAUGGUAGCUGGCUUUUACCCUCGGAAAAGCGUCCAGGAUGACCGACGUGAACUACCUGGACGGUUCACGCCAACAUCUGAAGCUGAAAAGACGAAGGCCCAGAAAGAAGAUGCCAAACUUUCAGGAGUUCUGAUGUCGCUGAAAAAAGGAAAUCCAAAUAUUCCAUCUGACUCUAUGGAAGAAACGCAAAAUACAAAGGUAGCUGAACGCAGAGAAAGCAGGUCCGAGAAGAACGCUGAGCUAGAGAAAGGUCAUGGAAGAGAGCGUCCGUUUCCAGCCUCGCAAUUCCCAGGUGAAAGCGCGUUUGAAAAAGUAAGAAAAAAGUUUUAUUUACAGAUUUUAAUGGGUUUCGACCGUUCCAAUCAGUAUUCCCAUCCGGAGGAUUCGGUGGUUUUGGCAGUGCUGAGGGUAGUCCUUGGAACAGGCCUCGAAGUCCUGCCAAUAGACCGCCUUGGGACGUCGAUGGCUCGAAUGAAGACCGACGUGCUCCGAACCGACGAGAUCCUCACGAGCGUAAUGAAAAACAAAAAAACAAACCACUUUCUGAGAGCUUCCCCGAAGAAGUAACGCCUUCGGGUGAAGAUGAACGCAAAUCUCUAGAAGCAGCAGAAAAGCCAGCGGAGAUAAAAUCCAAACAAUCGUUUGUGUUGGAACAAAAACCAGGACCUGAUAAAGCAGAUUAUAGGUUUCCGAUGCCAGAGUCCUUGCAAGAUCGGCAAAAGAAGGACAACGACAGAAUUAAAACCUCCUACUCGAAAAGUCAAGUGUCUUCGAACCCUCUGACGUCGGCGACUGCAACAAACGCUGAAGCGUCAAAUUCUACCUCUCCAACUAAGGGACCAUCCGAAGAAAACAUCAUCUUGCCUACGGAGCCGCUGAAAUCUUCUCCCCUGAUUUAA